AUGGCGUCAGCGUGCUGCACUCACUGGUCGUGUCCGUGUGAACAACUCAUCAAACCCGCCGCUUACACACAGGAAACCGGUAGCCAUCCAGAACACACCGACAGCGUUACUCUUCUCCCCACUAACAUGGAUAUAGCCGUAUUAAAAGAACAAUACAACUCUAUUAGAGAGAAACAGAGACAUGAAACGCGAGUGAUUUGUUUUAGAAAAGCAGAAUCAGACAAUGAGGAUAUCUGUGGCAAAACCCUGGUAAACCUGGUUCCCAUGCGACAGGAUCAACCCUCCCUUAUGAGACCGGCAUCUCUCCAAGAUAAUCAUGUUGACUUUAAUAGAGACCCUGACAGUGCCACAUGGCGCACUCACUUGAUAAUGUACCGCAGGUCCUGUUUAACUUCUGACACCAGUCAACUCAGCAAGGUCAACACCAGCACUAAAGACACAACAUCUUCAGUGUCAGUUAACAAUGCAGAGUGCAGUUUGGAGGAAGCGGAUUUAAGUCAUCACUUGUCCAAAGACUGUGACGAAACAGAGACUGGCUCUCUUCUUGUCAAUAAAGAGCUGAAUAAUUGUGAAUCUAAGGAUUUGAGGUUUAGGAAGUGUUCUGCACCUAUGGUUUUGACCAGGCAGUUGAGUUGUGGAAGCUACCGGUCUGGUCACAACCCAGAAAGUCCAUGCUACUACCCAUUCCCACAGCUGAAAAGUCCCAGAAAGUCUGAGGCUGCCCGCAGGCUUGGGCUUUACUCCUCAUUCUGAUUAAACUAAAAAAAAACAAUGGUGUUCAUUAUUGUUUCUGUGCUUAUACACUGAUCAAAAAUGGGAAGGUUUUUGUAUGUUGUCAUAUGUCAUAUGUCACACCAGUCAUAUGUUCUUUUACAAUAACAUUUUUUCAAAAGCAAUAAAUGUGCAUUCUGUGUAAUUACAUGCAUUUUCUUUAGUAUUUGCUUUAUCCUGGGCAAGAAUAUAUCUUUCAUGGCACAUCAGUUAAUUGCAAGGAAUUAAAUAUUUCCACGUUUACAAUUACAGACAAAGCCAUAGUGUUUUUAGAAGGUGAGAGGCAACCCACUCAUGCCAAACUGAUCAAAGCUCAAAAUUAAACUGUUUUGUUAUGUGCUUCAUUAAAGAAACUUAUAGACUUAUGUCAGCUAAACUAAUAAGAAAUGUUAGAGUUAAAUGGUUGCAGUGUGAUCUGGGUAUAUUUAAAUUGUGCACUAAUUUCUUGUAUACAUUAUACAAUGUCUUGUAUACAUUAUAUAAUGUUACACCAUUAAUGGUCUGAUAAAACUAAUGUAAAGCAUUGUCAAGUCAAAUGUGCUUGUAUAGCACUUUUUACAAUGGACAUUGUCUCAAAGCAGCUUUACAAGUACCAGGACCAAAAACCCUGAUGAGCAAGCCAAAGACAACAGUGGCAAGGAAAAACUCCCUUAAAAUUACAAAGAAGAAACCUUGAGAGGAACCACACUCAACAGGACCUGUACUUUUUGGGUGGCCGAGUUCAUUAGAGUUUGAUUAAAUGAACUAAACAUGUAUAUGUGUAAAUAAAAUU